UGUAUACAAAAUUCACUCAGACAUCUUGUAUUGUGAAGUGUUGAGAAGUGACCCAAAGUGACAGUUGAAAGGGAAGUUCAGUUGUUAGUGUAUGUUUACUGGUCAAUUUUUCGGUGAAAUUGAAAUAAGUAAAAACCGAGGGCCGGUAUUUCAUUCAGCAUUGAUAUAUAUGGCCUAGAUAGAGCCAUGGGUUUCGAAUUGACUCGUUUCCAAGGAGAUGUCGACGAAGAAUUGGUAUGCCCCAUAUGCUCUGGUGUUCUUGAAGAUCCAUUGCAGGCACCAGUCUGUGAACACGCGUUCUGUCGAAACUGUAUCCAAGAAUGGAUAUCAAGACAACCCACCUGUCCUGUUGAUCGACAACACCUCACAAGUGGUGUUCUAAGACAAGUUCCAAGAAUACUAAGAAAUUUGCUUUCAAGACUCUCGAUAAAUUGUGAUAAUGCUCAAUAUGGCUGUCAAAGGACAUUGAAACUCGACAAUCUUUCAGCACACUUGGAAGAAUGCGAACACAAUCCAAAAAGGCCGUUGCCGUGCGAGUCAGGCUGUGGAUUAAUUAUUCCAAAAGACGAAUUAAAGGAUCACAACUGCAUAAAAGAGUUAAGAAGUCUAAUACAAACACAACAGCAAAAGAUUAUCGAAUUUCAGCAAGAUCUGCAGGAACAGCGCUUCACUAUCAAUGAGCAAAAGAGAGAAUUGCAACUUUUAAAGGAAUUCAUGAGAGCCAUGAGGAUUUCCAAUCCUACCAUGAGAGCCAUCGCUGACGCCAUGGAAAGGGACGAAGUGUUGAGGUGGAGCAACUCAUUGACGAGGGCUCGAGUUACUAGAUGGGGUGGAAUGAUUUCUACGCCUGACGAAGUUCUUCAGAGGAUGAUCAAGAGAACUUUGGGUGAAAUUGGAUGCCCGUCACAUAUAAUUGAUGAUCUGAUGGAGAAUUGCCACGAGAGAAGAUGGCCAGCAGGAUUGUGUUCUCUUGAGACUCGACAGAACAACAGGAGGCAGUACGAGAAUUACGUGUGCAAAAGGGUGCCGGGUAAACAAGCUGUGCUGGUGUUAUCCUGUGAUAAUGGACACAUGAACGAAGACAUGAUGGUUGAGCCCGGAUUGGUAAUGAUCUUUGCGCAUGGAAUUGAGUAAAUAAUAUAAAUAUAAACGCAUUCCCACUAUGAAAGAAAAUCAUCCAUAUGAUCGAUAUUCCAUCGUGUGACAGUAUUUUUGCGGGAUGCCAAAAAAAAAGUGAUUAUAAAACAUAUACAUAUUUAAAAAGAAAUGCAUCCAAUAAAUUAAAAAAGAAUGA